AUUGUAAUAAUAGUAAGAGAUAAACGUGUUGAGAGUUUUUUUGUUGUUUAGGGAUGGAGUUGGCAAGCAAAGUCGGAGACGCAGUAAGCAAAGCGCUGAACAGCAACAAAGUGUUGAAUGUAGUGUUAAUGAGUGCAUUUGGAUUGCUAUGUAUGAGAUCAGUGCAGCAACAGAAGAAUAUGGAAGUUCUUGAAGCAGAAAAGGACUCUUUGCUCAAAUCUAAUAAAGCUAUGAAGAAGGAUAUGUGGGAUUGGAAGCAGCAGCUUUUUGCUGAAGCUGAGUUACCCAAUCCACUUAUUCCACUCUCUAAGAUUAAAGCCAUUUAUGGAGACGUUCAAACCACCACAUCGACUUCUGCAUUAUCCAUGUCCUUCCUUAUCAUCGUUCAUCAUAUGCCACUUUUGGUGUUCCUUUGCAUUUAUUGAAGUAAAUCUCUCUGGACUAUCAUUUAUUCAAGAAUCAAGAUGUUGGGAAGCAAAAUUCUUCAAGCUUUAUGAUAAAAUAGUAAACACACCAUUCGUGUAACUAAUGAAAUGAUAAAUUCAAGUAAUGUUUCUGCAAAAAUUGGUUAAAUUACCAAAUAAAGGGAUUCUGCUAUUAGAAGUCGUAUAUAUGACGUAUUAGAAAAGAUAAUCAAAGUACGAAAUUUUGUAGUAUUACCUCUGCUUAAUGUUACCAUUUUUGAAAUAAUAAAAACCCACUUAACUUAUAAUGGUUAUCUUUCUAUUAUUUUAUACUGUUUAAUUUUUGCUUCUCUAGAAUCGGACCAUUGAGAAUCUUCCAAAAUUGCAAAACCUUGAUAAUCUUUUCCUCUCCCUCCUUUCUAUUCUCCUUCACAUAUUACAAUUCUUUUAGACAGUUUUUGGUGAUCAUCCACUCCGCUGAUUAAGCCUUUCUUCAUCAAUAGAGAAAUCAUGUCAUUGUACACCAAAUUAUGUUUCUAGCUACGGACAAUCAUGGAGCAUUAGCAAUAGGUGGACGAUAAGUCAAACAGGGAGUCUCUUGCCUUUUCGAUAUUUUAACAGACACAAGAUAUUUGAGAAUUCUGACUCAACAAGAAAAAACAAGAAGAAUUUUCAGAGCACACAAGAUUAUAGCCUAGUAGUAUAUGAAGUGGGUGGAAACCUUGGGAGCAGGGUUCAAGUUCCAGCAAUGACAAAAAUCAACUUGUUGGCAGAUUUAUUCUAUACUUGUGCGCUGGUGGGAAUCAUGUACCCUGUGGUAGUAAAGCUGUAGAAUAAUUGGUCCAAACACCACCAUUAUAAAGAAAAAGAGAAAAACAAGAUUCAUGAUGGGCCUAGAUUCCUCAUUUGACAUUAACACCAGAAAGGUAGACAUUGCCGAUAAAUAUGGAGAUUCAUUGCGAAGAGUCCAAAUGCCCUGCUAGAAAAUGCUCAAUAGUCUACAAAGCCAGUCUUUUAAAGAAACCUCUCCUAACAGAAAAUGCAAGUGUCAUUAAUGAAAAAUUGUGAUAGAUGAGAGUUGUACCAUCCUUAGGAUAAAGUUCCUCAAAAGAUGUCUAGUAGGAACAUCCUAACAUGUUAACACAUGCGCUUAAUGGAGUGGUUGACUCCAGGAGGUAGGGGAAGUUGGAAAUGUUGAGCAUAUUAGACUUCGACAGCUCAUAUGAUCAUGUGAAUUGGGAGUUCUUGGAUUUCAUAACGCUGUAGACAGGAUGUGGAUUAAGUUCUCCCUUUCAAGGACCAGAUUCUCAGUCCUAGUGAAUGGUAGACUUUUGGGAAAAAAGAAAAAGUUGUGAAGAUCUUCUCAAUAUUUUAUUGCUGCAAUGGUUUAUAAAUUCAUAGCUUAUUUGCAAAAUGUAAUAAAGUACCACAUGAAAUUUUUUGAUGAAGUAAUAAUAGAUUUCAUUACUGGCAUCAAGAAGAUGCAAAAACAUACAGAAAACCUUUGUAGCUGCAUUACAUAAAGAACUAUGCUAGUGCCAGGGAGCUAACAAAGUUCAAAAAGGUUUCAGAUAAUAGAUUUCAUUACUGGCAUCAAGAAGAUGCAAAAACUUACAGAAAACCUUCGUAGCUGCAUUAUAUAAAGAACUAUGCUAGUGCCAGGGAGCUAACAAAGUUCAAAAAGGUUUCAGGGUAAUCUACCAGAGAAGUAGUUUUCCACAUAAAUAGAAACAUCAGCCAUUGGGCCUUGAUGUAAUAAUUUGGAGUUGACGAACCAUCAAAACAUCUUUCUGUUCCUCUUUGUCCACAUACUUGCAGGUAUCAUUUCCAGAUUUCCUUGAUGGCCUUAUCAACUUUCCAACUACUCCAACCUUCAUUGGCCUCUUAACUGAUCUGUGGGUUGCGCAGCUGAGACCAAAAAUAGAGUAGAACAAGCACCAUAUGUGACUAGCAAUUUUGCAGUGGAGGAAUAAGUGACUGUUGGUUUCUAUCUCCUGUUGACACAUGUAGCAUCCGUUGACUAUUUGGUCGCUCCUUUUCUCGAGAUUGUCUUGGGUGAGGCAUGCUUUAUAGUGUCCAGCAGAAACAUUUAAUUUUUUUGGGCAGCUUAGACUUCCACGGCCAGUAGUUAAUCAAAUUAUUUGUAGCAUGAGUUUGCAUAACCCGCUUUACCUGAGUACCUGCCAUCAUUUGCACUGCCCCAUCAUAACUUAUUUGCUGCCUGCAAAUUCAAUCUGUAUCCUUCCAGCCUGGAGAUUCCUUUUGGAAAGAAGUUGCUGGUUUUGCCUUCUUUAUUCUGAGAGAUAUGGAGUUUGGCUCACUAGAAUUUGAAAAAUGUUGUGGAAUUCAUCCUUGAGGAUUGUGUUGUUUAACCAAUAUCUUUCCUGAAUGUGGUGUGUAGACCAUUGCCUGGUAUUAAUUGUGUUCUCUGGAAAGAGUUCCUCCUUAAGCUUGCUAUACUCAAAUAUUUUGUACAUAAAUUCUUAGCUGAAGGUGUAACAUUUAUCAAUGUAAAACCAGCCUAUCACUUUAUGAGAUCCCGAUCCUGCGAGUUUCAAACUGUGGGGAAGGGUAGAGGGACAAGCACAUUGUCCACCUAGUUCCAUACCAUGCAUCGUUGACCCUUGGGAUUUCUUGGUUAUAAGAAAAGAACCUUCUGUUCUUUUUGUUUUCUCGAACUCGGUUUAGUUCUUUUUAGAUUUAAAUCUUGUGAGUCUGGUGAUAGCAAAAUUCUUGUAGGCUGUAGCCACUUCUAAAUAUCUCCUCUUUAAGAGUUUGAGAUUUCAAAACUAUAUUUAGUUCUAUCUCUCUUUUAUGUAUUUUAGGAGAUCAUGUGCUAACAUUUCUAUAUGAUAAAUGAAGGACUAUGCAUUGUACGUUGAAUUUUGCAGUAAAAGAAUAGUUGGAUUUGUGCCACAAAUUUGAGCAAGCCAAGAUAAUCUAUGAGUAAAUAUUUGAUUGAUGCAAGUUUCUCUUACAAGGCAAUCUUAGCAGAAAGACCCCCAUUAGUGGCCUCAGUCGAAAUGAUUAAGAGGAUGUGGAAGUUCUCUUUUUCUCUUUGUCUAACAAUGACUGGUUGAUUGAGAAAUCCUGUAUAGUGUGUUUUUCUUGGGGUAUACCUUCCCUGGGUAAGAAGAGCUAAUGAUCUCGCUAAUACAACAGAGGCAAAAGUUAGAUAGAAUUUGCAUAGAACUUCUCUGAGAGAGAAGAAAAAGUUGUGAACAUCUCCCCGAUAUUGAUUCCUGGAGGGUUUUAGCUUCUGACCAUCACAAUUAUUAUGUUAGAGACCAAGUAUAAACUUGGGCUGAAUUGCUUAACUUGUAUUUACAGGAAGUAAUACAUAAAGUUUUCUGUCAAUAGCAAAGUUAUUCUUCACAUAGGAUAUUUUGGGUAGGAAAAAAAGGGAAAAUGGGAGAAUAACACACCAGAAAAGUCAACUCAAAGAUGGCUUCUGCCUUCUGAGGUAGAAUUGGUGGACUGAGACGUCGAUGCUAGUGAUGGCACUUGAAAGGCUUUUAACGCUGUUUUUUUAAGAAGCAGAAUAAAAGUUUGACCUUAAGGGCAUCAGAUGCUAGUGGCCCUUUCAGGAAGGUGGUGAACACUGAACAAACCCUUAACCUUGUUUUUGCCACAGAUCUACCUCAAGUCAUUUCUUUUUCUUCUUGAGCUCCUUUUCCUCUGGUGGAUGUCAAAUAACAACAACUGGCAUAUUGUGAUUGAGUAUUGACAAUAAAAACCAUACAACUUUGAACAGGACUUCAUCUGACACAAUCUUUUGUAACUGCCCGGAAUUAACUUCAUAUUGUUGCUAAUUGUUAAAAGCCUUUUGUUGCUGAUAUAUAUAUAGACGAGUUCUUAAUAUGAACUUGGUAAUGAACCAAAAUCGAGUUCUCAUUUGCGGUCUUUGUUAUUUUCAGACCAAGAAUAGGGAAGAGAAAAUUCAGUGUCAUCCCGUGAAUUAGUGAAUUAGGCAGGAUCUUUUUUUAUUUAGAAUAAGAAGCAGUGGAUCAAUUGCCCCUUGUGCUUUGGUCUAGUGGUAAGAUUGCAGCUUGUCAUGUGUUAUUGGCCCUCGGAUUUCUCGGUUAUGGAAAAAAAGUGGUGUGUCAAUUUUCGAAAAUCUUAUUGUAAAUGUGAAAUACUUAUAGGAUCCUUGAAUAACUGAAUUUUUCAUUGUGGAAAUGACUUAAUUAUUCAA